AUGCAUGUCAAGGAGGUUGUUAAGAAGCAUUCACAGUUCAUUGGCUAUCUCAUCACACUUUAUUUGGAGAAGGAACGAGAGAAGGAAAUCAGUGACGAUGAGGAGACAGAGGAUGACAAAGAGAAAGAAGAAGAUGAGCCAGCUAAAGAUGAAGAGAAACCCAAGAUUGAAGAUGUAGGAUCUGAUGAAGAAGAUGAAGGCAAGGAUAAGAAGAAGAAAACAAAGAAGAUCAAGGAGAAAUACAUUGAUCAGGAAGAGCUGAACAAGACCAAACCCAUCUGGACAUGGAACCCUGAUGAUAUCAGCCAAGAGGAGUAUGGCAAGUUUUAUAAGAGUCUCACCAAUGAUUGGGAAGAUCACUUGGCAGUAAAGCACUUCUCUGUGGAAGGUCAGCUGGAAUUCAGAGCUCUGCUCUUCAUCCCCCGUCGUGUCCCCUUUGACCUCUUUGAAAACAAAAAGAAGAAGAACAACAUUAAACUGUACGUUCGACGAGUCUUUAUCAUGGACAGUUGUGAUGAGCUUAUUCCUGAGUAUCUUAAUUUUAUCUGAGGUGUGGUAGAUUCUGAGGAUCUGCCCCUCAACAUUUCAAGAGAGAUGUUGCAGCAGAGCAAAAUCCUGAAGGUCAUCCAUAAAAAUAUUGUCAAGAAGUGCCUAGAGCUCUUCUCUGAACUGGCAGAAGAUAAAGAGAAUUAUAAAAAGUUCUAUGAGGCCUUCUCAAAAAACCUCAAACUUGGAAUCCAUGAGGACUCUACCAAUAGGCACCGUUUAUCUGAACUAUUGCGUUAUCAUACAUCUCAGUCUGGAGAUGAGAUGACUUCUUUGUCUCAAUAUGUGUCCAGAAUGAAGGAAUCCCAGAAAUGCAUCUAUUAUAUCACUGGUGAGAGCAAGGAACAAGUGGCCAACUCUGCUUUUGUUGAAUGGGUACGGAAACGUGGUUUUGAAGUAGUAUACAUGACAGAGCCCAUUGAUGAGUACUGUGUGCAGCAGCUAAAGGAGUUUGAUGGGAAGACCCUUGUCUCUGUUACUAAGGAAGGUUUAGAACUUCCAGAGGAUGAAGAAGAGAAGAAAAAAAUGGAGGAAAGCAAGGCAAAAUUUGAAAACUUGUGCAAGCUAAUGAAGGAAAUUCUGGAUAAGAAGGUUGAGAAAGUGA